AGUCUCGACAACCAACAUCGGCCACCGUCUCCUCGCAGUCUCUCGCCUCGCAGUCGUCGACCAACGCGCAAGCUGCCAGCAAGCCAGCAACAGCCCGUCUGUGUCCGGGCCACGUCGCUCGCAGCACCCGCUGGCCAUCGCGUCAAUUGCAACGUCCAAAUCGCAUCAUGUCCAGCGCCUCUAGUCACACUCCGUCCCUCACACCGGCUUCCUCUCGCCAGUCUACCCCAGAGCCCCCCGUCCAGCCUGACCACUUCUAUGGCUCCGACAACGCCCACCUUCCUCCGUCCCCGCAUUCCGACGGCAGGACAUGGCUCACCCCCGAAGACGACCCGUGGGCCCAGCGCGGCAUCCCCGUCUUCAAACCUACCGUGGAGGAGUUCCAGGACUUUGAGGCGUACUUGAACCGGGUCGAGUGUUGGGGUAUGAAGAGCGGUAUCGUAAAGAUUAUCCCCCGAAGGAGUGGUCAGACCGAUUCCCUCCCGCCAUUGAACGACCAGCUGGGCCAAGUGAAAUUGAAGAACCCGAUCGAGCAGCACAUGUUCGGGCGCGGCGGCCUGUUCCGGCAGGAGAACGUGGAAAAGCGGCGCGCCAUGAGCAUGCGCGAGUGGGCCGAGCUCUGCUCGAAGGAGGAAUUGCGCGCACCGGGCAUCGACGACGUCGGCCUCCACGCACGCGCCGCGAACGCGGGCGCGUCCACUCGAUCGCGCACUCGCAGGACGCGCAGGAAGAGGGAGUCGGAGACUGCCGAGCCUGAUCAUGACCCUGACGCGCACGCGAUCAAGCAGGAAGAAGACGAUGUCGCCACACAGGUCGUCCCCGCCGCCGCAGAGCAGUCCCUCGCCUCCCCACCUAACAGCGCCGCCGCUCUACCCACACCUCCACAGCAUGUCGAGGACGAAGCAGCGGCAGACCACACACAAGUUCAGGACGCCGCCGGUGAACAACAAGGUGCCUCGAACGAGCAAGCGACAGAGGAAGCGGUCAUGCAUGACGGAGAAGUAGAAGCAAAACACGAGGAAGAGGAGGAAGAAGAGGAGGAAGUCAAACAACCCAAAGGUAAACGGAAGCGUGCCACACAGUCGCGGCAAGCGCGGGAGGCGAGCCUCGCCGACCGGGCGGCCAAAGACAAAGUAUUCCUCGAGUCAUUUGAUCCGCACUCCGAUUGGCUCCCGCCAAACACCACUCCGUUCGACUACACGACCGAGUUCUGUCGAGAGCUGGAGAGACGGUAUUGGAGGAACUGCGGACUGGGCAAGCCAGCAUGGUAUGGCGCUGACAUGCAGGGCUCACUAUUUACCGACGAGACGAAAGCCUGGAAUGUUGGCCACUUGGACUCGGCACUGUCACGCUUGCUCCCGUCGUCGUCGAAGGGCCUACCCGGUGUCAACACGCCCUACCUGUACUUCGGCAUGUGGCGGGCGACGUUCGCGUGGCAUGUUGAAGACAUGGACCUGUUCAGCAUCAACUACAUACACUUUGGUGCGCCGAAAUACUGGUAUGCGAUCCCUCAAGCGAAAGCGCCCACCCUGGAGAAUGCCAUGAGAGGCUACUUCCCAUCUGACGUCUCGAAUUGCAAGCAGUUCCUGAGGCACAAGUCAUUCCUAGCCUCGCCUCAUCUCCUGUCCCAGUCAUCAUGCCGACCGAACACGCUCGUUCAGCGUGAGGGUGAGUUCGUCAUCACCUUCCCGAUGGGUUACCAUGCCGGCUUCAACCUGGGUCUUAACUGUGCGGAGAGCGUCAACUUCGCCCUUGACAGUUGGAUCGACAUCGGGCGGAAGGCGAAGGCGUGCGCCUGCGUCAACUUCAGCGUCCGUAUCGACGUCGACCAGCUUCUGCGUGAUCGUGAAGCCGAGCGAAUGCAAGUCGCGCGCACGAACUCUCGUCGACCCAGCAGUGCACCCAAGUCCGAGAGAGCACCCAAACUAAAAGUAUCGCCCCUCAAGCGAAAGGCGGGCGACGAGGAGAACCCGAGCCCACCCAAAAAGCACAAGUCCGGGAGCAGCAGCAGCAAGUCGAAGAAGAGUGAUAAUCGCCCCGCGUCCGCGGAGGGCAGUGUGCCGACGAAGGUGACCUUGAAGCUCCCGCCGAAGCCGAAGGAGCCGGACGUGUUCCCUUGUUGCCUGUGCGUGUCGAUGGGGAGGGAGAACUUGUUGAGGGUGCAUGAUCCUCCGUUGUGGAGGAAGGAGGGCGAGGGCGGGUCGAGCAUGGAGGCGAGCGAGGGCGUGUGGAUGGCCCAUGAGGUGUGUGCCAACAUCGUCCCGGAGACGUGGGUGGAUGAAGUGGAGGUCGGGGAGGCGAGGUUAGAUGGGAGUCGGGCGAAGGAACGGGUCGUGUUUGGCGUGGAUGCGAUUGUGAAAGACAGGUGGAACCUAAAAUGUUCUGCGUGCACGAAGACGCGGUAUAAGGCCCAUGGCGCCCCGAUCCAGUGCACCAAGGGCAAAUGCCCAAAGGCGUUCCACGUGUCGUGCGCGCGCAAUGGUGGCGAGAAUAACAUCGUGUACAAGGAGUUGAGGGAGGUCGAGAAGGAGGUCGUCCUGUUGGAUCCUCGUCGCCAGCCAGAUGGCUUUCAGGUUCCGAUGGACGCAUCAGGUAUCAGUAUCGCUGGCGCAGAGCAAGUGCUGCCGGUACCCAUCGACCCGAGCCUGCAAAUGGCCACGACGUUCACUGCGCCUAGCGGGCAGUCUGAACCCCGCGUCCUGAAGCUUGUCAAGAAGACCGAAGUUCAGGUGCUGUGCCCGCAGCAUAAUCCUGCUGUUGCGGAAGCGAAGCGGGCCGUGAAGCAAGACAAGAUUCGCAACGACCUGCUCGCGUUGUCGCCGAUGUCGCGGAUCAAGUUGCGCGUCAGUGCGGGUGUCUUUGAGGUCUCCCUUGUCCGUGUCAUGGAGGAGUCGUGCUCGGUUGAGGUGCUCUGGGACAGGGGCCUGAAGCGAGAGUUCAAGUGGGGCAGCGUGGUCUUUGGAAACAUGGAAGGGGUGACUAUUGGGCAGAAGCCGUCAGAGCCUGCACCCGAACCGGAUCCUGCAGCACCCACACCGUCUUCUGGUCAGUCACGGUUCCGGUUCGCGCCUCUGUCGUCCACCGUGCCCACCAUAGAAUAUCGACCGACGCAGACACCGUUGUCAGCGACCCCUACUCCCGGGCCGUCCACUGCACCAUCGGUCAGUGCUCCUCCUGCUCCUCCGGUGCACGCCCCCGCAGCGCAACAGCACUACGCUCCGCCCCAGGCACCUCCUUAUUCCACCGGUGCUAACUACCAUUAUGCACCGACGAACUGGCGGUACCACUACCCUCAGAGUGGUAUGCAUUACGUGCCACAGCCUCAUAAUUACUCUUACUCUAACCCGGCGCAUCAGCCGUACUCGACCACGACGUCGUAUGAGUCGUACUCGAUGUACGCGCAGGUGCAGACGUCGACGCGUGGAUUGCAGUGGCAGCGUCCGUAUACGGGCCCAAAGGGAACACAGCACGCGACGGCGCCAGGGACCCAACCGGGUCCGUAUUAUGUCUACCCGCAAGUCCCUGCGGGUCAGAAUGGAGGGAUGACGCAGCAAUGGCCCACCGCGUACAGUGCUACAGCACCACCCACAACGGGGCAUGCUGCCACUGCGCCUCCUGCUACGUCCCCUGCACUACCUACCGCUGCUCCCACUGCUGCUUCGGCACCUCCCUCUCAGUAAUGUGCUUCGGAUGGGUUGUUCGUUGUAUCGUCUUGAUGUAUGUGUGUAUCAUUAUUCGCUUUCUAUUGCAGACAUGAAUGCUGUCUUUGUGGAACACUUUGGCCAUGCGCAACGCCUGCCACGUGACGCAAUAUUACCAUAACGGGCGAAAUAUCGCUUUGCAGAAUGGCAAAGCGUCCUGAGCCAGCUGCACGUCGUUGUUCAAUUCGGAAAAGCACGUAAUAUAUGCAUAUACAUUAGAACAUUAGUGCAAACAAAUAUUACGCAG